AUGCUGCGUGAUCUUUGCGCCACAAGCGCUGCACGGCGAAGCAGCGGUACCGGUGGCGAGUUGCCGAAGCACGCUGCCACGUGGGUUGCCCACAGAUUUGCUCAUGCCGAGCACUCCGAUCUCGUGCGCGCGAUCGCCGACUUUCAGGAAGGCGUCCCGCUCGACGUCAAGCUCCUCCGCGCGCUCGUCAAGAGCGACGGCGACACUCGCAACAUCAAGGCUGCCCUUGCGCCGUUCCACGCAGUCUUUGCGCCAUGGCUUGCCCAGCACACGCGCGCGACGGACCUCGCGCCGCUUCUGCAGAGCGAUCCAAGCACUCGGUCCCGGCUCAAGCAGUAUGCGAUCGCGUACUCGAACGUGCGGCUGCUCGAAAGCCUCUGCGACCUCGAUAUUGGCGGCGACGACUGGAUCCUCGCGGCGCGCCUCGGCAACGUCGGGGUUUUAGCCUACUUUAUCGAGCACAAGCAGCCGACGUACCUGCCGUUGGCCAUGGCGCACGCUCUGCGCACCGGCCAAGCGUCGGUGGUCGAUUUUUUGCAUGGCCAAGGCGCGACGAUCCCGCCGUUCGCGGCCAGCGUCGCGUGCAACGGCGGGCACCUACCGCUCGUGAAGCUCCUUCGCCACCUCGACGCCUGGCGCCCAGUGAACCCGAGCCUCGUGGCCAAGCAAGGGCACCUCGAUGUCCUGGCGUACCUCCACGAGGAAGGCUGCGGCGGCUUUACCGCCGAGACCAUGGACGAGGCCGCAACUGCGGGGCACCUCGAGGUCGUCCGGUUCCUGCACACGCACCGAAGGGAGGGAUGUACGCCCAAAGCCCUCGCCGGCGCCACAAAGAACAAGCACUGGGACGUGGUGCGCUACCUCAACCGACACCGGCCUGAAAGCGUGCGGCUGGUCGCCGACUUUGCCAAGCCCAACAGCUCGGUGCACCAUCGAUCGACGCGCGCGGCGAGCAGCCCGCCGACGCGGUACGGUUCGCCGAGGGUGGUGGCAGCGACCGACGCCGACGCCGUCGACUUUCGACGCAACAACGGGUUUCCGCUUUGGACAGCCCACGUGCUCUUGACGGCGAUACGCCAAGACCGACUCGACAUCGUGGCCUACGCCAACGAGCACAAGCUGGGCGUCUUCUCGACGGCGGCCAUGGACAACGCCGGUCGGUUCGGCUGCCUCGAGAUUUUCCGGUACCUGCACCAGCACCGGUGCGAGGGCUGCACAAAGGCGGCGUGGACCGGCGCUGUCGCCAACGGCCACCUCGGCAUUGUGCGGUAUAUGGUCGAGAACGACUUUGCCGUUGUCGACUUGAAGGUCGGUCGGCAGCUUGCGAUUGCCAGCGGCCGCACGAGCCUCACGUCGUACAUCAAGUCGGUGGGCCCAGCGCGAUCUUCGUGCGCAGUCCAGUAG